AUGCCAUUCGCACUUACUGGGGCUCCUGCAACCUUUCAGAGACUUAUCGACAGGGUCAUAACCCCAGAAAUGAGGUCCAACGUCUUUAGUUACCUAGACGGUAUUAUAGUAGUAGCAGAGACUUUUGAUGAACACCUGUCUUGGGUAGGGAAAGUUCUCGAUCGGGACGUUCUUAAAGUGGAUCCCGAUACAGUUGAUCCGCUAAUCUCCUACCCGACUCUCAAAGUGGCCAAACAACUGCGGAGGUUCCUAGAAAUGGCAUCCUGGUAUCGUCGGUUCAUACCGGAAUUUGCGACCAUAGCUGACCUACUGACUCGGUUGUUCAGAACGAACAUUAAGUGGCACAGGGGCGUAGAACAGGAGGAGGCGUUCAAAAUUCUGAAUUACGCCUUAACGAAACCACCUAUGUUAGCAUACCCCACAUUUAAGGACGUGGUCGAGAACCCCUUUGAUUUACAAACCGAUGCGAGUGCUUCCGGACUCGGCGUAGUUCUAACACAGAGACAGGGAGACGCGGAACGGGUGAUAGCUUUCGCCAUAGUGACCGAUCAUAGCAGCCUCCGCUGGUUGAACAACCUUCGAAACCCCACGGGAAGCCACGCUCGGUGGGGCCUAGAACUCCAAGGCUAUGUUAUCGAAAUCAUCCGCCGGAAGGGAGCCUUACACCACGUCCCGGAUGCGCUGUCUAUAUUGGGGAAGAGUGACGAUGAGACCCUAGUGUGCAAUAUUUCGGAAACUACAAAUUCAUGGUAUUUGAGAUGGGUGCAAGCGGUCCAAGAAAGGCCGAGAAUCCUUCCCGAUUGGAAAGUAGAAGGCGGCCACUUAUAUCGACAUCGCACCGACCCCCUUACUAACCCAAUAGUUCAAGAUUGGGACUCGUGGAAGCUGUUGAUGCCAGCGAAUCGCAUUAAGGAUCUCUUCAUGAAAUGGAUAGAGUGCAUUCCGAUCCGCACAGCGAAUGGUCACACAAUCCACAAAGCUUUUAUAGAUCUUAUGGUGUCGCGCUGGGGUGCCCCACAAGUUGUUCAUAUCGAUAACGGCACGGAGUUUUCGAAUAGGCUGAUGGCACGAAUGUGUAGAAGCGUCGGAAUAAUUCACACCACGAACCCGGUAUAUCAUGCGACGGCAAAUCCCACCGAACGAGUUUACAGAGUCCUUAAGACCAUGAUUGUCUCGUUCUUACAGGACAAUCACAAGGAGUGGAACGCCCAUUUACAUGAGAUUCGCUUUGCUGUCAACACCUCUGUUCAUGGAUCUCUGAAACCUCCGGUUCCGAGGCAGACCGCUCUAGUCACAUCCGAUGGCCACCCCCAUACAGCGGACCAUACUCGGCGGGAUAGCAGUACCUCCAUCCGGGGUGGGGGGCUGGCUGAGGGCGGGAGCUCCACGACCGGCCUCAGUCAGGUUUCCGGUGAAGACUACAUGUUGGAAGUGCUAGCAAAAAGGGCACCUGAGGGGACAGUGUCCGGAUCCAAGACCUGUCCGGCUCUGCUACCACUGUGGUAA